AUGUCUGACACGGAAAACAAUGGAGAGCAAAGGGAACUAUCCGUCAAAGAGGAAUACCAAUUAUGGAGAAAGAAUUGCAGGUACAUGUAUGAGUUUGUAACUGAAACAGCAUUGACCUGGCCAUCAUUAACAAUACAAUGGCUUCCAAACCAUACAACUGAGGAUGGAAUCAUCAACACUAAGCUCCUCCUUGGUACACAUACAUCCGGGAACGACCAGAACUAUUUGAAAGUUGCUGAGACUCACCUUUCUGCUGACGGCGAACAGAAAGCCAACUCAAGAAUUAAAAUUGUACAGAAGUAUACAAAUAAUCGUGAGAUAUGCAGAGCCAGAUACAUGCCUCAAGAUUCCAAUAUAGUAGGCUCCAUAAAUGGGUCAGGAGAAGUUGAUUUGUACCACUUAGACAGUGACGACGUCGGAAGUUAUACACAUUUCAGUCCUCACUCAGAUAAUGGAUAUGGUCUCUCAUGGAACCCUAUUAAUAAAGGAUUAUUGUUGACAGCUGCUGAUGAUAAGCUAGUCUGCAUCAGCGAUACAAAUAAAGACAAUAAGUUGCUAUUCAAAAAAGGAGAUCUGACUGACAUUGUCAAUGAUGCCAAAUGGCACCAUUUUAAUGGCAAUUUAUUCGCUUCAGUUUCAGAAGACCAAUACACUUACAUCUACGAUACUAGAGCAAACUCCGUUGCAUCUAAAUUUUACUCAAAAGAAUCCUCCGGUAUCAAUUCGUUGACAUUUUCUCCAUUUUCACAAAACUUGCUUGCCAUAGGGAACUCAAACUCCAGUAUAAACUUGUUGGAUUUGCGCAAUCUAAACAGUAAAGGAACAUCUGGUUUGUUGCAUACAUUGAUGGGACACACCGAGGGCAUAACGUGUAUGGAGUUUUCGCCGCACAAUGACGGAAUAUUAGCCACUGGUGGACUGGACAGGAGAUUAAUAUUAUGGGACUUGUUCAAAAUUGGUGAGGAGCAACAGCAAGAAGAUGCAGAAGAUGGGUGCCCAGAGUUAUUUAUGAUUCAUGCUGGUCAUACCGCCGGAGUUACAGAUUUGAGUUGGUGUCCGUUUAAAGAGUGGACAAUUGGGUCCGUUGCUGAUGAUAAUAUUGUCCAUUUAUGGGAGGUAAGCAAAGGCUUGUUGGUUAACGAAGAUUCAACUGAAAACAUUCCAAAUAGUCUUCUUGAAUAG